AACUACCUUUUAACAACCGACACCCAACAGCAGUCGUUCCCCAGCUUCGCCCAAGUUCAUGUGUAUUUGUGAUGUCUAAUUUAUACCCAUUCACCGGCAUGAUGGAAGACUUCAGCAGCAGCCAGCAGCCCCCGGCCUCCCAGUCGGAGGGCCACAUCAAGCGGCCCAUGAACGCCUUCAUGGUCUGGUCCCGCAUCCAGCGGCGCAAGAUCGCCCUCGAGAACCCCAAGAUGCACAACUCGGAGAUCUCCAAGCGGCUGGGGGCCGAGUGGAAGCUGCUGUCGGAGGUGGACAAGCGGCCCUUCAUCGACGAGGCUAAGCGGCUCCGGGCCCUGCACAUGAAGCAGCACCCGGACUACAAGUACAGGCCGAGGCGGAAGCCCAAGGGCCCGCUGCCCACGGCGCUCAAGACGGGGGUGGGUUUCCCCAACUUGCAACUGCAGUAUUUCUCGCCCAUGGAGGCCCUGACCUCGCCGUAUCCCUACUUCAACCCGGCGUUUGACAUGUCGAGGAUGGAGAAGGCCCAGAACCACCACCAGCCCGCUGUGGUUUCCUCGCUGCAUUCCUCCCUGCACUCGUCGCUGUACUCGUCCCUGUAUCCCACCACGCCGAAGCCGUUCCAGCCCACCUCCAUGGGGAUGUUCCCCACCAUACCCACCUCGCCCAUGAUGUACUCGGCCUCCUCGAGCCCGGCGUCGAGUCCCGCGUCCGCAGAGCUGGACAUCCGCAGGCCGGUCCCAGUUAUGUAUUGAUUCGUUAUUUAUUGCUUGUGUAAAUUUGUAAAUAUUGUUAGGUGCUGUAGUUCACUCAACGGGUGGACUAUACUUCUUCAUUUAUAUGUUCUGUGAUUGUAAAUUGCGACUGAUUUUUGUAAAUAAUGUAACCGGGAUUUCGAGCUCUAAUUUAAAAUUAUUAUCGCUGUGGUCGUCAAUAUUACACAGAAGUGUAUCCUGUAUUUUCCAUCAAUAGUGCAAAUGCAGAUGUUUGUUAUUUUUAUUGUUUAUUUGUUUCACUGUAUGCCACUGUAUAUAUGAAUAAAAUAAAUAUAAGACA